UCAAGCCGGAGUAGUUUGCAAGUGCGAGCAUAUAAAGCACAAUCAUAGCUGACUUCAAGGCAAGGGAAGAACAAGUGUGGAAGAAAUACAAACUGGUAAUCUGCCUCAAAUAAAUUUUGCACGUGAUCGAACCUGAAUUCUUUCCAAACAGCAGACAAUUAAACUAUCGAAGGUAAACAUAGUCGAGCAACUAACGCAACCAAGUGAUUUUUCAAAUUAAAAAAGUAGCAGAAAAAUCGCUAAGCUAGUUUUGAAGUAAUCGAGAAUCAAUCCAUCUCUGGUAAUAUGCGCUACUUGCCAUCAACUUACUACAAGCCACUGCUCCCGGAUGGUCGCGCUCCGCCCAUUGAUUGGCAACUAUAUGGCUUUCUAAGUGCAAAUGGCUGGCCACUUGCUUCGAAUGUUUCGAAAAAAUGCCAUAUAGCUGAUGCAGUCAGUGUUAUAUGCCAAUUUAUAUCCGAGUUCUCGGUGGGCUUUGGCGAAAUGCGACUCAUGUACGAGAGCAUAGAUGAUAUCAGCUUUGUUUGUACGAUAUUGGCGCCAUUUCUGAUACUCUUAGAAAUGAUGUUGCGCGCUUUCAACAUUGUUUACAGACGCAAUAGUUUCAGAUCGCAUCUGGAUGAGUUCUACAAGAAGAUCUACAUCGAAUGUGACUGGAAUCCCGAGCUCUUUGAGAAAAUACGUCGGCAACAGCUGCCUACCAAGUACUCCACCUUCGGUUACAUUAUUACACUUGUCACUUACGUGUAUGUACCGGUUAGUGGCUUAGUAUUAGGCCAACGGUUGCUACCCUUUCCUGUCUCCUAUAACUUUGAUCCCACCGCUAGCUUGCCCGGGUACCUUCUACUUCUUGCUAUGGGCUUAUGGACGGGAGUUGCUGUUGUGGGUCCCUUGGUCGCUGAGCCCAAUAUUUUGGCCAUGCAGAUUUUACACUUGAAUGCUCGUUACACUUUAUUAUUACGAGAUUUGAGCAACAUUGCUAAGAAUACUAUUGAGAUGCAUACCAAGAGCAAAGGGGAGGAUAAGAUUUCAGUGACCAGCCGUUUUUGUUAUGGGCUAAACGAUAUCAUACGAACCAAUGUGAAGUUGAACGAUUUCGCCAAGUCGUUGCAGGCGCAAUAUUCUUUUCGGGUUUUUGUAAUGAUGGCCUUAAGCGCCACACUCCUGUGUGUGUUGGGUUUUUUGACAGCUACGCUCGGUUUGUCAACAGAUAAUAUCAGAUUCAUCAGCUGGAUUAUCGGCAAAGUAGUGGAACUGCUUAUUUUUGGACGCUUGGGCACAACACUGUCAACAACGACAAAUGCCUUGAGCACUUCAUAUUACUCCUGUGGAUGGGAAGACAUCGUACUUCACUCUACUGAUGCCGCAGAGAAUGCAAAGAUAGUGAAGCUUAUGACAUUGGCGAUCCAUUUGAAUAGCACACCCUUUGAAUUGAAAGGCCUCAAUUUCUUCUCUGUGAAUUAUGAGUCGGUGGUGGCGGUAAAUUAA